GUGCUGCUCAUGGCCCAUGCCCUCAAGCGCAUCCUCUACAGCACCUGGACCCCGGCCGACUGCCAGUUCGCCUUUGUGGCCCGCAAUCCGCACAGCCCACCUAGCCAGCUCUUCUGCCACUUGUUUGUCGGCAGCCAGCCGAGCGAGGUCCAGACUCUGCACUUGCUGCUCUGCCGCGCCUUCCAGCUCAGGUACCUCCUGAUGCACCCCGAGGAACAGGACUGGCCCACCAGUGGCCCUGCUCCACCAGAGCCUGGAAGACCCCUGGGAGUCUCUCUGGACAGCCGGGUGGUGUGGGAGUCCCUCAGUCCCGAGGAGGUUUCCCAGAACGUCAAUGCGCUGGUCUCCUUCCGGAGGCUCCCCUGUCCGGGCGACUUUGGCAGCUCUGUCAGUGUGAGCGAGAGGCUGGACCUGGAGGAGAGGAGCCCCGCGGGCAGCUCGCGCCCUGGGAACCCGUACUGCUCCCCGAUCCUGGUGCGCAAGAAGGCCAUCCGCAGCAAGAUCCUGCGCUCCGGAGCGUAUCGGGGCUGCACCUUUGAGGCACAGUUGCAGCAAUGCGCCCGGGAGAUGGCUCACAGCAGCUGCGACAGCAGAGCCAGCACGGGGCACUUGCCGGAAAGCGAGAGCAGCCUCCUGGAGAGCAGCUGGUCCUUCGCGGGCCUCAGCAGGGACGCUGGCUUGGCACUGCUCAGGCGUGACGUGUUUGGGUCCUUCCUGCUGUGGCCCGAGCCGGGCUCCUCCAACCAGUGGUGCCUUACGGUGAGGACGCGGUGCGGAGUGAUCCCUUACCAGAUUUACAGGAGUCAGCUCGGGAAGUACUCCAUUGAGCAUUUGAAUGUGGAGUUCCCCAGCAUGGAAGCCCUGCUGGACCAUUACUCGGGGAUGCAGGGCGGCCUCUUCUGCCCCCUGGCCACAGGCCGGAUCAACCACUGCUACGAGGAGCACGACUGUGUGGCGGAGGAUGGCUGGCGGGAGGAGCGGAGCCGCCGGCAGGCCUCGUGGCUGGGCAGCAGCAGCCGGUCUCUGAUGGUCCUGCCACAGCUGGGCUGACGCUCGACAAAGAACUCUGGGGCCGCGUCCACCCACCACCCCCGCUGAUGUCCCGGCUUUCCGUGGUGUUGCCUGCUGCAUCGUGCUUUCGCCCCUCAGCUGGUCCGCUCAUUUGCGUGAAGCAGCCUCUCUGGUACAGGCCCAGGCUGUGCCAUUAGCGCAGGGCCGUCGACAGCAAGCGUGUCCCGAUUUCUCUAGCCAAAGGGGUGUGGCCAAGCUUUUCCGUCACCUUGGUACUCCAGGGAGACAGUGCGUGUGACGCUCUUCCAUUGACUGCAGUCCCAAAUGGCGGGUAGAGGCAGCCUGUAGUCCCCUGCUGGAUGAUCCGGCCGUAGUGCCCCUUAUCUCUGCUGGCUGUUUUUAAGUUUAUAUUCGACCUUUCUUCCUUCUGCCGGGAACCCACAGUGGCUACAAAGGCCUGCCUCCUCUCCAUUUUACCCUUACAACAGCCCUGCGAGCUAGGUCAGGCCGAGAGCCAGCGUCUGGCUAGUGCCGGCGAGGGCUGUAGGCCACAGCAGCUGAGGGCCACCCUGGCUACACCUCCGAGUAGCAUGUCUCGGAUUGCUCCGCCAGCCCCUCUCUGGGCUCCCGCUGCCUCCGCAAAGGAUGGCUUUUGCUGACGGUCACAACGUGCAAGGCCUGGUCCAAACAUCGCUUUCCCCGCUGUUGCUGCCCUUUGCGCCUUCUGUAAGAUGCUUCCGAGCCCGCGAGAGGACACGUCCUGUCUAUGCCUCUUCCCUGCCCCGGGCGGGUAAGAGCUGCAGCGCCUCCUCUCUUGUGUGCCUGCUGCUGUCCGGGUUUUGUUGCAAGACAGUGCCUGGCUGAAUGUCCUUCUGCCAAAAAGAAUAAAACUGAAACAUGGUGCCCGAGCUGGCAAGGGACGACAAGGGCACGUUAAGAGAACGUGCCCUUGAAAGGGAAACGCCAAAUCCCCACGGGGUCCGUAUGACACGUGAGCAUGCUGGUCCCAGUGUAAUUUAUUGUCGGUGGGGCGCCGUCGUUAUAUUUCGAGUAUGUUUCCAUGUAGAUGUUGCGCAAAUAUAUUUGGA